AUACAACUCACUGCAUCGCACCCCUAUACACCCGACCUGUUUGUCCCUCCCUCAGACUCCACCCCCUGGGAGGGAUAAGGGGAGUGAGGUGGGCCUGUCGCCUGUGUCGCUCGCCGCCCAAGCUCCCGUACACCAAAACUACACAUCCCACAAUCCUAGGCGGCGUCCCCUGGCCAUUACCUCAUUCCCUGGCCUCGUUCUCCCCAAUCCUGGCCUCUCCAGGGGUGUGACAGCAGGGCUGUUCUCGCGACUUUUGCUUUACCCUUCUGCUGUGCUACUGCUGUCGCGAGACUUCCUGCUCAUCUGCCGCUCCCUUUGCCGCCGCCUUAGCCCGGGACCCGAACCCAGCAUCUCCCCUACCCGAACACCGGCCCCGGCUCCACCGAGGCCCCGGUCCCCCAGCCCCGUCUCGCCGCCGCCAUGGCGGACCCUAAAUACGCCGACCUUCCCGGCAUUGCCAGGAAUGAGCCAGAUGUUUAUGAAACCAGCGACCUACCUGAGGAUGAUCAAGCGGAGUUUGAUGCGGAGGAGCUGACAAGCACAAGUGUGGAACACAUCAUUGUCAAUCCUAAUGCUGCCUAUGACAAGUUCAAAGACAAGAGAGUGGGGACAAAGGGACUUGAUUUCUCAGAUCGUAUUGGAAAAACCAAGAGGACAGGAUAUGAAUCUGGAGAAUAUGAGAUGCUUGGAGAGGGUCUGGGAGUGAAGGAGACACCCCAGCAAAAGUACCAGCGCCUGCUGCAUGAGGUCCAAGAGCUAACCACUGAAGUUGAAAAAAUCAAGACGACAGUGAAGGAGUCAGCCACAGAGGAGAAGCUGACCCCUGUGGUGCUAGCUAAACAGCUGGCAGCCCUGAAGCAGCAGCUGGUUGCUUCCCACCUGGAGAAGCUUCUGGGACCAGAUGCUGCAAUCAACCUUACCGACCCCGAUGGCGCCCUGGCUAAGCGCCUACUACUGCAGCUGGAAGCAACAAAGAACAGCAAAGGGGGAUCAGGGGGAAAAACCACUGGGACCCCCCCAGAUAGCAGCCUUGUCACUUAUGAACUACAUUCUCGGCCUGAGCAGGACAAGUUCUCUCAAGCUGCCAAAGUCGCAGAACUUGAAAAGCGCCUGACAGAGCUGGAGACAGCUGUACGUUGUGAUCAGGAUGCUCAGAAUCCCCUUUCUGCAGGUCUACAGGGAGCCUGUCUCAUGGAGACUGUAGAGCUGUUGCAAGCAAAGGUGAGCGCCCUAGACCUUGCAGUUUUGGAUCAAGUGGAGGCUCGGCUACAGAGUGUCCUGGGAAAGGUGAACGAGAUUGCCAAGCAUAAAGCCUCUGUAGAAGAUGCAGAUACACAAAGCAAGGUGCACCAGCUAUAUGAAACUAUACAGCGCUGGAGCCCCAUUGCCUCCACCCUCCCUGAGCUGGUGCAGAGACUUGUCACCAUCAAGCAGCUGCACGAGCAAGCCAUGCAGUUUGGUCAGCUCUUGACACACUUGGAUACCACCCAGCAGAUGAUUGCUAAUUCCUUGAAGGACAAUACCACCCUCUUGACCCAGGUGCAGACAACCAUGCGUGAAAACCUGGCCACAGUUGAGGGGAACUUUGCCAGCAUUGAUGAACGGAUGAAGAAGCUGGGAAAGUGAGCACAUUUGGGAGCUGGAGAACAGGGGUUAUCCCUACCCCUGUGAACUCUGUUAACAGCUUACAUAGGGUUUCCCCUUUACUAUAACUCUAGCAUCCCCAUCCCAUUUGACACUGGGGCAAGGGUUGUUCUUGCAUGUGGGUUUUACACCCCUCCCCUGAUGAAUACAGAGUGGUAGCUAGGGGUUGGUUAUCAGAAGGUGGUCUCCCCUCAGGCCUAGGGGAUAAGGACGUGGGCCCAGCCACAUGCCAGCUCAUGUCCAAUACUGCUUUGCCUGGUAUGGGGAAGGAUUGGGUCUUGUCCUCCAACACAGCUUCUGUGGCUGACUGUAAUACUGUACAACUGUUUCUGACCAUUAAAUGCUGUUGUACUCUG